GUAACGGUCACCUGCAGAAACACACCGGGACACACCGAGCUCACACCGACCGACAGACAGACAGACCUCCUGCUCAGCCGCAGGACACCGACCCCCCGCUCCGCCGCCCGCUUCUCUGCUGCCGAUCAAACCUGAUCAAUCGAUACCCGGAUCGAUCGGCUCUGAUGUCCGCCGCGGUGGAUCAGAACCGGCGCGUGGCCUGCGGCGGGAUCAGAGGCACCGGAGCAGUGAAUGAUGACAUCAGCGUGUGAGAGUCCCGAUCCUCCCCGCGUGAGCUGAUCGAUCAUUUAUCAGGUGUUCCAGUAGUCCAGGUGUUCCCGGUCCUGUCCAGGAUGCUGCCAGCCUCCAUCCAGAUCACGGGCGAGCUGCUGUCGGCGGCGGAGGUUCAAGACAUCUGUGAGAGUCUGAAGGAGGACAGCGUCCGGCUGCUGUCCGUCCGCGGCUGCCAGCUCUCCGAUCGCGACUUUGGACGAAUCUGCCGCAGCGUCGCAGAGUCGCGCUCGCUCGCUCAGCUCAACCUUAACCUGGGGAUCGUGUCCAGCAUCAGUCGGACACGACACCUGGCCGACGCCCUGAAGACCAACCGGUCCCUGCAGACCCUGUUUCUCCAUGGCAGCCCCCUGUUGGACGCCGGCCUGGUGACCCUGAACUCGGCCCUUUCGACCCACCCAGCGCUGGUCUGUCUGGACCUGGGAGACUGCAUGCUGGGGGAUGAGGCGCUGGGUCUGAUCUGUGGGAUGCUGCCGCCUGAUGGAGCCAAGUCAGGUCUGAGGGAACUGACGCUCAGCGCUAACCCAGGAAUCAGCUCCAAAGGCUGGGCUCGACUCAGCAUCGCUGUGGCUCACAGCUCCCAGCUCCGAGUGCUGAACCUGGACUACAACCCCCUGGGUGACCAGAUUGCAGGGAUGUUGGCUGUUGCUGUGGCGUCCAGCAGAACCCUGGAGGUGUUGGACCUGGAGGGAACCGGACUGACCAACCAAUCGGCACAGGUGUUCUUGGACAUGGUGGAGAACUACCCGACCAGUCUGCGGGUUCUGGUUCUGGCGGAGAAUGACAUCAGUCCGGAGCUGCAGCAGCAGAUCUGCGACCUGCUGUCUGAAGGAGAGGACGACGAUGACAGAGAGCCCCCACCUCUCCAGCCAGGACCCGCUUCCAGCAGCGCCCUGCUGCCAAUCAGAGACAAGUACCAACCAAUCAGAGACAAGUACCAACCAAUCAGAGACAAGUACCAGCCCCCGGCCUGGCUACCCCACAGCAACUCCAGCCCCCAGAUGGUCUUGCUGACAUCAGGUCUAGGUGAGAGCUUAUUGGAUGAGACUGAGAUGUGACCCCUCCCACAAACACACCCACUUCCUGUUAAACUAUUUUCACUUUAUUCUCUUUAUUUAUUUUAUGUUGGGGUUUGAAUGUUCCUGUUUGUUUCUCUGCACUGCACUUCUCUGGGUUGUCAGAUCACCUGAUCGCUAGCAGCCAAUCACAUGCUCUGCAUGGUUUGAUGUAGCACCUGUACAUAGACUAGAACAGAGUGAGUGGCGGCACAAAACCUUAACACACCAAGUGACUUACAGACAGGUGUUAGUUCAGCAGGUGGACAGUGUGUUUCAGUACCACUGUCUGAUAAGACUCCAUGUCCACAGGCUUCAUUCUCUGUGAGUAAUGGUUCAUUAAUAAUAAGAUGUUAAUAUGAACCUCUGGGUUGUCUGGUUUCAUCUCUCUAACAGCUGCACCACAUUUGGACCAAAAUCCACUGACAAACUGACCAUUUAUAACUGCAGACUUAUUAUAUUAGAACCUUUUAUUAACUCAUAUUAAAGUUUGACCGGCUGUGAAGUUUGCUGCAGCAGUUUUCCACAGGAUCAGUGGUCAAACAGUCCAGUGGAGAUGUCUCCCUGAUGAGUUCAAGAGAUUAAAUGUGUCUACUGGGGGAAGAUUUUCAACAACCUGAAGUUUCUGGUUUAUUAAGCGUGAAUAAAUCCAUUAACCACAGUUUAUAAAGCCUGUGUGAUGGAGCCUUAUCAGAGCAGUGCCUGUGUUUCUGAUGAAUGUACCUUCUGCUCUGUUGGUUUGUUCUGCUGCUCUGAUGUCACAAUAAUAAAACUGUUUACAGCUUCAUAAGAAA